AUGGACACGUUCGUUGUUUUACCCAAAGAGUUGCUCCUAAGCGUAGGGCAGUACUCCCCGGUGAGCGGAGACAAAGUCCGUAGUGAGAACGAUAGGACCGAGCAGCCGCCAUGGCGGGCAUGGGGGCUAAGCGUGUGGUCGGCGGUACCCCUACACGCCGGCACACGCUUCACUACCAACCAAGGCGUUACCGUCCUCGUACGAUUGGGAUGUGCGGUGGGAAAUCGACAAUACCCCCAGGUAUGGAGUAACUUUGGUUGCUACGAGGAAAUUCACCAGGGCUCGAAGCACUAUGAACGUCACUGCAACUGGGUUUGUUUCCUCCAAUCAGUCGAAAGUCGAGACCGUGCUAACAUUGUGGUCUACAAGGUCAAAGGGAAACCCAUCUUUGAAGUGAUCAAGUUUGUACCAGCGUGCAGCCAACUAAUGGCCUUCUUCCAAGUCACAGAUCACAGUAUUUGUAGCAUUCUUGGUCCAGAUAUCAACCCGCCACACGAAAAAAUGCUUACACAGUCUACUACGUCGACAAACCAUGAAGCUGAACGUAAGAUUCUAUGGUCGACGAUAGCGUACCAAGCAAGGCGAGGUGCGGAUGAAUAUUUAGCGAGUAAUAUGUCCCUCUCCAGCGCUGGGUUGUGCCAUCCUAGCGGUGUACGGAUUGCUGAGGUCAGGAAAGAUUUGCCGCUGUGGACAUCACCGCGUCGUGGCAAAGAACGAACAUCAUUACCGUGUGAGGUUUGCGGCAAAUCGUUUGAUAGACCGUCGCUACUGCGGAGGCACAUGAGGACCCAUACCGGUGAGAAGCCGCACAGUUGCACUGUGUGCGGCAAAGCCUUUAGCACAUCGAGUUCUCUCAACACACAUUGCCGUAUACACUCCGGAGAAAAGCCUCAUGUAUGCAGUGUGUGCGGCAAGAGAUUUACAGCAAGCUCCAACCUGUACUACCACCGCAUGACACACAGAAAGGACAAGCCUCAUAAGUGCACGCUGUGCUGCAAGUCUUUCCCUACUCCCGGGGAUCUACGCAGUCACAUGUUUGUCCACAAUGGCUCCUGGCCAUUCAAAUGCCAGUUCUGCAAUCGAGGCUUCAGCAAACACACCAAUCUUAAGAACCACAUCAUGCUACACACAGGAGAGAAGCCUCACGUAUGCGUUUUAUGCGGGAAACGAUUUGCCUUAAUCUGCAAUCUGAAGUCCCAUUCCAAGACCCACCAAGCCAGGCAGCAUACAGCACAGUGUUUGUCAAACAAGACGACGUCUGCCUUUAAUGGUCCACGCUGAGGCACGAUCGCAGGAAAGAAAAACACACAAUUUUAAACAGAAUAGCCCGAUCCAUUAAACCCCGCCCCUUUGCCCCGCCCUAUGCCAUUUUGACCAAUCACAGCCAUGAUUAAUGUCCGACAUGGGCGUAGGUACGGGUGCAUGGCGCGGAGUUGGAACACGCCGCAGAACGGCAU